CAGGGGUUUAAACAAUGGGGGCCCACUGACUCUGUAGGGUUUGAUCAGGUAUAAAAGCAAGGGUUAAACCAGACAGGACAGCAGUGCAGCAGUAGCAGUAGCAACAGCAGCAGCUCACCUAAAUAUGACCACCACUGACAUGAGCAUGGGCAAGAUCAUCUUCUACGAGGACAGGAACUUCCAGGGUCGCUCCUAUGAGUGCAUGAGCGACUGCGCCGACAUGUCCUCCUACCUGAGCAGGUGCCACUCCUGCAGGGUGGAGAGCGGCUGCUUCAUGGUCUACGACCGUCCCAACUACAUGGGAAACCAGUGGUUCAUGAGGAGGGGCGAGUACGCUGACUACAUGAGCAUGAUAGGAUGGAGUGGUGGCAUCAGGUCUUGCCGUAUGAUCCCCAUGCACAGAGGCCAGUUCAGGAUGAAGAUCUACGAGAGGGAGAACUUCGGUGGUCAGAGUUAUGAGCUGAUGGACGACUGCGACAACAUCCAGGACCGUUACCGUAUGUCCGACUGCCAGUCCUGCCACGUGAUGGACGGCCACUGGCUGAUGUACGAGCAGCCCCACUACAGAGGCAGGAUGAUGUACAUGAGGCCCGGAGAGUACAGGAGCUUCAGGGACAUGGGCAUGAGCGGCAUGAGGUGGAUGAGCAUGAAGCGCAUCAUGGACAUGUGCUAA